AUGUCCAGCCAAGGAAGCCCUGGUGUGGAAUUUUCCACAACAACAGUUAGCUCUGUAGCUGUGCAGGCUGGGGACUCCAAAAUCAUUAUAGCUGUCAUAAAGUCUGGCAAAUGGAUACAACUUCAGUUAGCGGAAUCUCAGCCCAAUCUUCUGGAAAUUGGUAGCAGUCAGGAUGAAACCAAAAAACUUCUUCAUGAUCAUGAACUUCUUUUGGCCAAACUCAAGGCCUUAGAAGAUCGAGUAUGGGAACUCUUACAGGAAGCAGACAAGACAGCUGAAGAGAACGAGGAUCAGAGGCAGGUCUAUGAUGCCAUGGCCAGCACCCUGGGUGAAGCGUGGGCGGCCCUGGUCUCCAUGCUUGAAAGAAGACGGGAGCUCCUUAGGGUGACCUCUGAAUUUUUUGAAAAUGCCUUGGAGAAUCCAGGAUUUUUAUCAUUUGUUAAGGUCAGCAAACACAAGGAGUUAGCAGUUUAUGGCCUUAAAGCAAAUAGCAAACUCUUAGAGCGAUCUCUAGCCCUACUAAACAAAAGUCACCAACUCACUGAAUUAAUAGAAAAAUUCAAAUGCGACGGGCCUAAUGUGAAUCCAGAGUUGAUCCAAGGGGCUCAUAAUAGCUGCCUGAAGAUCGACAGCCUUCUUGAACUUUUACAAGACAGAAGGCGGCAACUAGACAAGUACCUGAAGCAACAGCGACAGGAAUUGGAGCAGGUUAUGCAGAUAUAUCAGUGGGACCAGCAAGAAAGCCAGGUGACUUGCUGGUUUCAGAAAACCAUAAGAGAGUUACAAGAACAGCAUCUAGGUUCAUCGCUUUCAGACAACGAGGAGCUGAUUCGUAAGCAUGAAGAGUUGAUGAUAAAAGCAAAGGAAUGGAAUUCUGCUGUGGAGAUGUUGAAGAGUGAGGCCCUGAGAAUUCUGCUAUCAAAGGAUUAUGUGGAGAGAAAAGAUCUCCAGCUUUCUAAUCAGAAACUCCAUCACCUUCAAGAAGAAGUUGGUCGGCUCAUGGUAGAAAGGGAAACCUGGUUAAAAAAGGCAAAUGAGUUUUUUAACAGCACCAACAAGGCAUUUGAUGUACUUGGAAGAGUUGAAGCUUACCUUAAGCUCCUUAAAUCAGAAGGUUUAAGUCUGCCUGUCUUGGCAGUGAGACAUGAGGAAUUACACAGAGAAAUUAAAGACUGCACAGCCGAUGCUUUGCACAAUGGACAAGCCUUAAUCAGCCAAGUAAAUUCCUACAGCUCCUGGGCUACUGGGAUCCAGCAGAUGAUGGGAUGCAUUCAGAGAAGAGUGGAUCAGCUAACUCAACAGUGUUCAGCUCACCAGGAAUUUGCUCUCAAGAAGCAACAAUUAACAGCCGCAGUGGAGGACUACCUAAGGAAGGUGGAAAUGACAAUUCAGAAAGUCAGCCCAAUACUUUCCAAUGCAAUAGAUGUUGGUUCCAGCCUAUCUGAAUCAGAGAAGAUUUUGAGUAAAUAUCUGGAACUGGAUAUUCAAAUUAAGGAAACCUCACAUGAAUUAGAAGCGGCUGUAAAAAUCAUGACAGAGAUAAAUGAGUGUGUACCUGAUGAAGUGGCAUCACUUUCUUCUAAGACUAAAUGGCUAGAGGAAGAAUUAAAAAUAAUUGGCCAGCGCAUUGGCUUCAGGUCACAAGUCAUGCGAACACAUGUAACAUUUCUGAAGUCAUCAGAAGAGGUAGAGGAUCAAUCUCAGAGCCUAAAAGAGUUUUAUCAAACUGAAAUCUCUUGGAAGGAAGAGGAUGAUGCCAAAGCCAAGCAUUGGUGUGAUUCAGCUGAGAAACAGUGGCAGCUAUUUUUAAAGAAGAGUUUUUUCACCCAAGACUUAGGGCUGCAGUUCCUUAAUUUAAUAAAUAUGGCACAGGAGAAUGAGAUAUUAAAUGUGAAAAAUGAAGUGCACCUUAUGGAGAACAUUAUGGAGAGUCAGAAGGCAGAAAGGGAAGAACUUUCCAACCUUCGCGUGGCAUGGCAAGUUAAAGCCACUGAAUGCAAGCCUGUGAAACAGCAGUGGGGAGCAUUCAAAGAGCACCUUAAAAAGACUACUCACAACUUAAAACUUCUUCAGGAAGCACUUAUGCCUGUGUCUGCACUUGACCUUGGAGGGAGUCUUCAGACCAUUUUAGAUCUACAGAGAAAAUGGAUUGAGAUGAAACCCCAGUUCCAGCAAAUGAAUGAUGAGGUUGAGUACAUUAUAAAAUUAUCUGAAGAGUUAAAUGGCAAAGACGCACUGGUGAAAGAGAAGGCUCAACAACUUAAGGACAUCAUUCACCUCCACCAAAAACAGAGAGAGACAAUCCGAGAUUACGAGAAGAUUCUGUGCAAGAUAGUCCAGUUCCACCAAGUGAAAGAAGAGCUGACACAGCUCAUGAAGUCAAGAGAACUAGAGUUUUUACAGCAGCCUGAGGAACUGAGUGAGGCUCGCGAUGUCCAGGCUUACCUCAGUCGCUCACAGGAAAAGCAGGCCCAGAUCGACCAUCUCCACAUGCUGGCCCUUUCCUUGGGAGUGGCCAUCAUCUCUGCAGUGCAGCAGCCUAACUGCUUUAAUGUCUCCGCAAAGAACUUACAGCAGCAGUUGGAGAUUCUUGAAGGAGACAGUAUGACCUGUCGUGCCAAAGCUGAGAAAUACGAGCAAGCUCUGUCCCACAACUUACAGUACUGCAUUGCCAGAGAUGAGACGAAAGAGCUCAAAGAGUCAUUCAAAGAUAUCAAAAAAAAAUUCAACAAUUUGAAGUUUAACUAUACUAAGAAAAAUGAAAAAGCCCGGAAUCUGAAGGCUCUUAAAUAUCAAAUUCAACAAGUUGAUAUGUAUGUGGAAAAAAUGCAGAUUCUGCGAAGGAAAAUGGAAAAAACUGAGAACAGAAUUUCUGAUUCUUUAUUAAAUCAUCCAAAUAAUCAAGUUAAUGUCCUUUUGGAGACCAUAGAGGAUUUGCAAAAACAUGUGAAUGAAUUUGACAAAGUUGUAACAGAUUACAAAAAGAACUUGGACUUGACAGAGCAUCUACAGGAGAUGAUAGAAGAGUGUUACUUUUGGUAUGAAGAUGCAAGUGCCACAGUAAUAAGAGUUGGAAAAUAUUCCACAGAGUGCAAGACCAAGGAAGCUGUGGAAAUUCUCCAUCAGCAGUUCAAUAAGUUUAUUAUACCCUCAGUUCCCCAGCAAGAAGAAAAGAUUCAGGAGAUCACUGACCUUGCUCAGCGCUUAUAUGGUGUGGAAGAAGGGAAGAAAUAUGCUGAGAAAAUAGUAGCAAGACAUAAAGAAGUUCUUGAAUCUGUUACUGAAUUAUGUGGAUCUCUCACAGAGCUUGGAGAAAAGCUGAAGCAAGAAGAUGUUUUGAAAACCUAUCCAAAUAUGGAAUGCUUUCAUGAUGGUUAUGCUGACCUACUAAAAGAACCAGAAAGAAAUAAACAGACAAUAUUUGAUGAAGAAAGCAGUGAGGGGCAGAGAAAAAUGGCAGGCACUUCAGCCACCAAUGGAGCAGAGGAAGAUCAGCUUCCACAGGAUCUAAGACAACAGGCUUCUCCCAAAGCGGACAAUAUCCAGGGCCUGCUGCUGCCUGAAGACAUGCUUUCAGGAGAAGAGGACGAGUGUGUCUCCCCUGAUGACAUCUCUUUGCCUCCACUCCCAGGAAGCCCCGAAUCCCUCCUGGCACCCUCUGACAUGGAGUUGGAGGAGCUUCCUACCCUUCAUCUGAACAGCUUCAAGACGCAGCCUGCGGCCAGCAGGCUAAUGGAAGCCCAGGAAUCUGUUCUCCCACCACCUGUGGCUUUUGCUGACACAUGCCAUGAUAAAGGAGAAACACUUUCAAGUCAUUUUGAGAAGCCUUCCCUCCAGCUCAGAGCAGAGGCCUCUUUAGCCUCCCAGGGAGUUCUGGAAAAAAGCACAGUCUUCCACAGAAUCAGUGCUAAACAUCCAGAGAGCAUGCGGAAUGAAGUGCAUGAGACAGCUUCGCAGCAGCCCCCUCAGGGACAGGGAAGCUUGCUAGGAACACGGGAGGAAAUGCAUGCUGGUAAUCAGGUCACUAAAACCCGAGACAGGCUGCAUGUUUCCCCUGACGCCUCCUCGGGCCUCGGGUUUCAAUCAGACACCAGCCAGGGUUGUCAGAGGCCAAUGAUUCCCCAAGAAGAGAUUAAAAGUACAUCACCAAGGAACAGAGUGGUGAGCCUAGCUGGCCAGGCACCUAAUUUCUCCAGGCUCCUGUCUAAUGUCACUGUCACGGAAGGUUCUCCAGUGACUUUGGAAGUUGAAGUAACGGGAUUUCCAGAGCCUACACUGACAUGGUUCAAGAAGGGCCAAGAAUUGUCUACAGAUGGUCACUUACAAGUUUUACACAAGGAGACAAGACAUUCAGUGUUCAUUCCGAAGGUAUGCGAGGCAGACGCAGGCCUGUAUGUGGCUCGGGCCCAAAACUCUAGUGGCUCUCUCUCUUCCAGUGUCUUCCUGCACGUGACGGGUAACCACAGGUCACCAAUCACAGGCAUAAACUGGAUAACACUGUGUGUCAUCUAUGUUAGUGUGUCUUUAAUGUACUGGCUGCUCACACAGUGA